AAUCCGUACGUCAGUGCGCGUCAGUUUGCGCCCGAGCCAACAUGGCUGAUGAAACAGCGAAAGCUCAGGUGGCCCAAUCUGGCGGAGACACGAUAUUUGGAAAAAUCAUACGCAAGGAAAUCCCUGCAAAACUCAUCUACGAGGACGAUCAGUGCGUGGCCUUCCCCGAUAUCUCCCCCCAAGCGCCCACUCACCUCCUGGUGGUCCCCAAGAAGCCAAUCAUUCAGCUGUCCAAAGCGGAGGACGCCGAUGCUGCACUCCUGGGCCACUUGCUGAUCGUGGCCAAGAAAUGCGCUGCGGAGGCGGGCCUGGCCAAAGGCUACAGGAUCGUCAUCAACGACGGUCCCGACGGCGGCCAGUCGGUCUACCACAUCCACGUUCACGUCCUGGGUGGCCGCGGCAUGAAGUGGCCCCCUGGCUGACCGCCGCCACGCUUCCACGUCUUAUGUCCUUGGAUGAAGUCAAAGUAAAUGUGGUCGUUCAACAGUGGUAAUAAAAUGUGAUCCACUCGCA